AUGGGGGUGAUCAAGGCAGCUCUAGGAGAUGCAGUUCUGACUUCCCUGUGGGUUUUCAGCGCACCGAGUAUGGGGGUUUUCACAGUCAUCAUCGCCUCGUUUCUUGGCAUUCAAGCUAGGUCUUUGCUAGGCCUCUUCAUCACCACCAUAGUUGCCACAACUCUGGUCCUAGCUUUCAGCUUGAUAGGCAAGGUUUUGGGUGGUGCCAGCUUCAACCCCUCCACCACUGCAAGUUUCUACGCUGCAGGCCUCACCCCCGGCACAUCUCUUGUCUCCAUGGCGGUCCGGUUCCCGGCUCAGGCGGCCGGUGGAGUAGGAGGUGCCAAGGCAAUUCUGCAGGUGAUGCCAAAGCAGUACAAGCAUAUGCUUAAAGGGCCUUUUUUGAAAGUGGAUUUGUACACUGGUGUCAUAGCUGAGGGGCUGUUGACUUUUGUUCUCUGCUUUUCUCUGCUUGUGAUUAUUCUCAGAGGUCCUAGAAAUCCAAUACUGAAGAUAUGGCUGCUUUCAAUUGCUACAGUGGGAUUGGUUGUUGCAGGUGGUGGGUACACAGGGCCUUCCAUGAACCCAGCAAAUGCUUUUGCCUGGGCUUAUGUGAAUAAUUGGCACAACACUUGGGAGCUGUUCUUGGUUUAUUGGAUUGGCCCCUUCAUAGGAGCAACUUUGGCUGCUUCGGUUUUCAAGACUUUGCUUCCCCCACCAAUAGCAAAGGAAAAGAAAGCCUAA